AUGGCUGUCGAUGUUUGCUCUGCUUCCGAAGUUCCUAUAAGCCCACGAAUCUCCUUCUCCCAUGAUAUCAAUGACCCAUCUUCAGAUAUCAACUCGAUUCAAUCCGAUCCCAACAGAUCAGACCAAUUUCUUCUAUCUCCCACUUUCGAUUUCGAUUUCUGCACCACCUCCAAUCUCACACCUGCGGAUGAGCUCUUCUCCAAUGGAAAAAUCCUCCCUACCCAAAUCAAAAAACCCAAAAUCAUUCACCUCCCAGUUCCCAAAUCGGAAACUUCACCACCAAAUACGGAUACCCAGAAGAAACGCCUCAAGGAGUUCAUAUUCAAUGACGAAGAACAACAGAAAUCUACAUCCACAUCGAGAUCCUUUUGGCAGUUCAGGAGAAGUACGAGUCUUAAUUGCGACAAUGGUAAGGGCCCAAAAGGGUUGCUUAGAUCCUUAUCGAUAAAAAGCUUAUCACGAAGCUAUUCAACUGGUUCAGCUCUGAAUCCAAAGGGAAAUGGAGGUCCGAAAUCCAUGGAAAGAUCAAAGGAGCCUGUGUCAUUAAGAAGAUGUUCUAGCGUAGCUCAAUCUCAAAAUCCCGCUUCUUCUUCUUCUUCUUCCACUCAUAUGUAUUAUAGUUAUCAAAAUUCGAGCUCAAGGAAUUCGAAAGGAGGAAUUAGAAUUAUUCCGGUUUUGAACAUUCCACCUGCUUACAAUAUUUCAAAGGGGACUAUAAGUUUUUUUGGAUUUGGUUCACUUUUGUGUAAUGGAAAAGCUAAAAAGAAGAGCAAAUCAUAA